CUUGUCACUCGUACUGUGUGGCUAAUCUGUCAGUCACGCAAUCAUUCAUUUUAAAUUGAAAUAAAGAAAAACAUAACCUCCGUUAAUUUCUUAAAUAUUUUUUGUUCUGAAAUAGCUAUGUUAGUUUGCAGCAAGUUAUUAUUAUUUUAAUUAGUUUUAGUUAUACUAACGCCACCUAAGAUGGGUGCUUUAGUGACAAAGGCCUUAAGGCCUAUAAAAUCUUUCAACAUUGAAAAUCGUGCUCAUCGUGUAAUUUCUAAGGAGAAACCGGUACCGGCACCUAAAUAUCCAGAAAGUUUAGAAGAUUUGAAGCGGGCAAUCGAAUCUGAUCCUCAUUUAGAGGAGAAAUUAGAUAAGAAAGACCCCGGCCUGGAUAGCAGACUGCGAGAUGUUUAUGUAACCUCGUUUGGCCGUCCCGAAGAUGACAUUACGCGCGAGAAACGGACUCAAAAUCCAGAUAGACCUUUACCACAAGACCGUAGGAUACCCGGGGAAUACGAAUAUGGUUUUAAAGAGCCAGAAAAAGUGAAAUAUGGCCAUACGACUCUUCGUGAUGUGUUAACUUUUAUUUCGGCGCAUCAAACUAAUCCUACUGAGGUUACAGCAUCCAAGAUAGCUUUAGAAUACAAGAUGAGGGAGGAUGACGUUGAGAAAAUAUUAAAAUAUUUCAAAACUUACGAAGUGUAUAUACCAGAGACUAAAAAGUCACCAGCAAUAUUUGCAGGACCAUCCAAUUUGAGAAGACAGCUUGAAAAAAGCAAAAUGAAAGAAAUACAAAGUGCAGAAAAUGCAAUACCAAAAAAUAUAGGUGAAGAAAAACAAGUCAAAAGUCCAACGUAACAUCUAUGUAAACAAAUAUUAUAGUAAAUGAACUGUUAUUUUUUGUUAUAUAAAAACAAAAAAUAAUAACAUGAGAUGUAUGUGUGAGGACAGUGUAAGUUUCAAAAUAUGGACUUCUCAAAGUAAUGUUUUAUAUGAAAAUAUAUAUUUAUUUAUUAUGAAAAUAUACUAAGGAUUUCUUGUUAUGUUUCGUUAUUUUCUACAGUAGUAAGAAAACUAUAACUUGUAUCCUUACAUACAUCUCUUUGUUCACUGCCUUGUCUGAAAAGUAUAAGAGUUUCUAGAAACUUCUACCUUGAGACAUAAGUGGAUACAAGCUUAGAGAGAGCCUACAUCUCUUUUGAGCUCUGUUCUAGAUGUGUUUUGCUAUCUAAAAUAAGUUGUAUUUCAGUCGAUUUAAGAGUGUCCUGUUAGUGGAAGAUGUUGGACUAUUUGACAUGGUUCUAAAAUCUAUCAGGCUAUUAUAAUUAUUUAUUUUAGAGACAAAAACAAGAAGUAAUAUGUUACAUCCAGUAUAAAAGUGUUGAAAUUGCAAUUCAUUUUGGGUCUGUUGAAAGUGGUAAAUGCAUAAUAAAGAAUGAAUGAAUUUAUUUUCUGAAUAAUCAUAAUGGAUAAUGCAAUUUGUUUUGUUAUGUGUUUUUCAUUGAAUUAAAAUAUCAGCAUUGAUAUAAGAAUAUAAUAAUAUACAACUUAAAUCUAGCUGGUGCUUUACUUUCCUAAUUAUUAUCUUGGGAUAAUAAAUAUUGUCAAUGAAAUAUUAUAUAGCUAUGUUAAUUAAUAAUGCAACAAUAUUGUAUAUAUUAGGAACGUGAUUUAGUUGUAGUUCAAAGAAAAUAUAGUAAUAUAAAUGUUAUGUUU